AUGCAAGCAAGGCAUUCAGCACCGAACGUGAGCCCUAUCAAUGCACGUAUUGUGGCAAGGAGGGACACACGGUGGAUCUUUGCUGGACAAAGCAGAAGAACGAAGGUCAAGCAGCCCGACGUGGCGGCAAUGGUCGUGGACGCGGGGCUAAUAACGUCCAGUGGGGACAUUAUGAUGAAGGCAAUGGCUGCGAUCGAGUGGCGUUUGCAGCCGCGUUCGAAUGUGGAGUUUCGACGUGGCCAUCAAGGGUGUGGGAACCAUCAUGGAAAGGUGGUUCUGCCCAACGGUGAAGAGCGCAAGAUCGAGAUCAAGAACACACUAUGUAGUUCCAAGUAUGAGCAAGAACCUGCUUCGGUGCCACAGAUCACAGGCAUGGCAAGUUCCAAGUCGUGA